AUGACUACCGCGAGGGGUGGCUCAACGGGAAGCCCCAGCAUUGAGAUUACAGAAAUCUGUGUUUCAUCCCAGUAUAUCCUCAAAUCGGUCCAGCUUUCGAUUGGAUCGUUCAAACGGGAAUCACCCUGUCUCCUGGAUGCAAAGACUCACGCAUUUGAGUUGUCAUCCCCCUGGCAAGUGCCUCCCUUCUGCAAUCGCUCCUGUCUUGCUGAUGCAGGACUUUCUACUCUAGAAUGGUCAAAAUCAUUUGACAAGUUCGAUGUCAUCUUGAAGUUUAGCCAAUAUGCAGGGAACCUGCGACGAGUGGCGACCUACAACCCACAACGGAUGAGUUAUUCAAGUUGGUCGAACGAGUGGUGUAGGGAAAUCUUCCCUUAUCAACGAAUGCUUCGGCGUCAAGGAUGCUAUGAGGCCACUUCCCUGUCUUCUCAAAAUCCACUCCUAAAGCUUGUCCUUCCCCAGACCGUGGCUCAUUCAAAGGCUGGCGUGUCAAAUAUCAAUACUCCAAUUAUAGCCAGCGAAAACAGAAGAUUUGUUCUACACGACAGUCAGGGCUUCGAGCAUGGGGAGGGUGACAACUUCAAGAAAGUCGUUGAUUUUUUGAAAGCUCGGAAGGACAUGCCCAAUGUGAGGGAUCAGGUACAUGCUGUCUGGCUUUGUUUCCAAGUAUCCUUGUCUGAAGGUAAUCGUUUGUUCGAGGCUGGGGUGGAAGAGUUAUUCCGUAUGAAGUUGGUAGGACAGGUUGAAUUUGGUAACAAUCUCAAGUUUCAAAAACGCAACAAACAUUUGGAUGCGGAAACCCGAAAUGCAUGUCUUGCUGAAGAGGCCAGAGCAAAGUUCCAAGAAUUGUGCAUUGGUCCCUUUGAAAAGGUUGUUGAUAAAAACAUUCCGCACAUCCCCGUCUCAACUACUAAAGGAUACAAAGAUACCAGAAAGAUGUUGAACGAGCUUGUCCGUCUCACUACUGACUAUGUUAAAAACACGCUGGCGGUCGACGUUGCUGGAGAUGUUGCACUAGUCUCUGCCAUUGCUCAACGCGUGAAUCCAGCUGUGAAGAUUGAUGCGGUGAUUGCAGUUGGGAAGAAGCGUUAUUGGAUGGAUCUCGCGGCUAGUGCAAAAUUUCUGGGCAACACUAUAGAAGAAUGUCAACGGGUUCUACAUACUGAUAUCGUUCAAGUGUGGAACAUUCAGGAUGAUUGUGGGUAUCUGGAAAGCAAGGAACUGAAAAAGUUGAUGAUCGAACUUGUUGGGAAUCAAAAUGACCAGCUGUCAGAUUCGACAAAGUGGAUAUUCAAUGUUGCACUCAUGCUACAACAUUUAAUGGCGUACAUCGUUGACUUCACGAUUAUUAUGCAAGUAAUUUUUGGCCUGGUGGUGAACGCCCGUUUGCGCCUUUCCCGCCGCUUGAUCAAGCUUGUCUUUACGGCCUACAACAUUUCAGAGGAAAGGAGCAAAGUUCACAAGGAGGUUAAGGAACAUGUGAAGCUGGCAGGCUGCUUUGACUGGGAUGCAGCUCUGGCAAAGAUCAUUCAAUUGAUCAAGGAGUAUCAGAUGAAACCCGAGAGUAUGGACAAGCUACAAAGUGCAGUUGAGAUGUUCGAGAACAAUGACGACGAGGAUUGGGGCAUAGGCAAAGCGUGA